UAUAGCCAGCCGGCGAGUAGCCGAAGAACUGCAGUUUCGCGAGAGCAACGUCAUUCCAAAGAGGGACCAAAAAUUAGAUAGCCUAAUAUUUUCGUACGUCCGUUAUAGUGAAUCUCAGUGCAGUCUAGGAUCAUCUCGCGACAGAAAAGCAUAAGACCGGAAGAAUGCUUACGGCCGGAAUUGUCACGUUGCUAAGCGUGAUCGUGUUGUCACACGCCGCAUAUAAUUGUCCCAACAAGGACGGUCAAUACGAGGACAACAAGCAAUGCGACAAAUAUUACGAAUGCAAUGACGGCUACGCCACGGAAAAAUUGUGUCCAGAUGGUCUCGUCUUCGAUCCUCUCAAUCGCAAGGUCAACAAGUGCGACCACGUAUUUAACGUCGACUGCGGCGAUCGACUCGAAUUGCAACCUCCGCAACCGACGAAGAAAUGUCCACGACGAAACGGCUUCUUUGCACAUCCCGAUCCGACUGUAUGCAACGUCUUUUACAAUUGCAUCGACGGAGAGGCGAUCGAGAUCACCUGCACUACUGGAUUGCAUUUUGAUGAAUACAGUGGAACUUGCGUGUGGCCUGAUAGCGCGGGUCGCGAGGGCUGCGGAGUCUUGGGUAAGAAACUGCAGGACGGUUUCGAGUGCCCGAGCGAGGGUCAGGUGGACAGCAGGGGUAUGUUAGUCGAUCAUCCGAAAUUUGCACAUCCCGAGGAUUGCCAAAAAUUCUACGUGUGCUUAAACGGUGUGACACCACGCGAACAAGGCUGCAGUGAAGGCACCGUCUAUAAUGAGGAGCAACAAAAAUGCGACGCGCCCGAAAACGUCCCUGGAUGCGAGGAUUGGUACAAAGACGACGACAAGAAGCCAUAAGUCAUAAAAUGUCAUCAGGUGCUCAUCUGUCCCGCAUCGGGACGUUCCAUGUUUCGCUCUAAUUACGUGUUACCCUCUUCGCUCAACGAGUAAUUCCAUUGUGUGUGUUUAGCCAUUUGAAUGUUUUCGAAUACAUAUUAUUUUUACUUUA